CUCUGCCUUUUUUCCCGGUUUGACAUGAACGCAGCAUCGCAGCGGCCAGUCUGACGUCAGCGCUAGCCGCCUGAGCAGCUAGCUAACACGGCUAACACCUGCAGCUCAGCGUAGCCGGAUAUCUGCGUUUUGCGGCACAAAGCCUAAUGUCGUCCUGCUGAAUGAGCUGCUUUAGGCAUAAUCUCUUUAUUUAAGUUCACAAACAAAGUUUCAGAUGACGAGUGUUUCUUCCGCAUGGGCGAUUUUGCCAAAGGCUAACGUUAGCUAACUGGCUAAGCUAGCUCUCGGUUGCUAGACAACGCAUAGCAACCAAACAAGCCUGCCUGCUAGCGCGCGGGCCAGCCCGAGCCAGUGACCGGGCAGAGGGUGUUUCUGUGGGGCUCGGCUCGGUGUGUGUGUGGGGCUCCGCUCGGUGGUGUGUGGGGCUCCGCUCGGUGGUGUGUGGGGCUCCGCUCGGCUCGGUGGUGUGUGGGGCUCGGAGCCGGCAGGGUGCGGGCACCAUGGCGGAGGAGAGCCGGCGGGGAGAGGAGGAGGACCGCGGCCCCGGAGCGGCGCAUCUCAUGUUCGCUGUUAUGGAGGAUCUGCUGGAAAAACUGAAGCUUCUGAAUUAUGAGGAGGAAGUUUUGGCAAAACACAACAUGAAGACCCUGUCCAGGAAUUACUUUGUCUCCAGUCCGUUCACGGCCUCCAACAGCGGCGAGCAGUUCUUCAUGUUCACCAUCAUCGCGUCGUGGCUGAUCAACAAGGCGGGGCGGCCGUUCACGCAGCCGCAGGAGUACGACGAGCCCAACGCCACCGUGUCCAACAUCCUGGCCGAGCUGCGCGCCUUCGGAGUGAAGGUGGACUUCCCCCCCUCCAAGCUGAAGUCUGGCUCAGGAGAACACGUCUGCCACGUGCUGGACCGCCUGGCCGAGGAAGCCCUGAAGAGGAGAAACUUCUCCCUCAGGAGGCCAAACUACCCGACAGAAACCACAGAAGAAGAGAGCGUGCUGGAGGACGACGCCGAGCUCACGCUCAGCAAAGUGGAGGAGGAAAUGAUCGAGGAGCCGGACGACGAGGAGGAGCACCUGGUCGACCUGGAGGCGCUGAAGUCCCGCACCACGCACAACGAGGCGGAGCCGUCGUCCCGGCCGGAGGAGAUCCUGGAGUCGAGUGUGGACGCCGCCGAGUGGAACCUGGAGGUGGAGCGAGUCCUGCCGCAGCUCAAAGUCACCAUCCGGCCCGACAACAAGGACUGGAGGGUCCACGUGGACGAGAUGCACCAGCACAGAGACCGCAUCAAGUUGUCGCUCAAAGACACCAAGAGCUACCUGGACAAGCUGCAGGAGGAGAUCGGCAAGACGCUGGAGAAGGUGAGCAGCCGAGAGAAAUACAUCAACAACCAGCUGGAGCUCCUGGUCCAGGAGCACCGCAGCGCCCAGGCCAAGCUCAGCGAGGCUAAAGAGCGCUACCAGCAGGGCAGCGGAGGAGUGACGGAGAGGACCAGAGUCCUGGCCGAGAUCAGUGAGGAGCUGGACAAAGUGAAGCAGGAGAUGGAGGAGAAAGGCAGCAGCAUGUCUGACGGAGCUCAGGUGGUGAAGAUCAAGCAGAGCCUGACGAAGCUGAGGCAGGAGGUGGUGCAGAUGGAUGUUCGUAUCGGCGUGGUGGAGCACACACUGCUGCAGGCCAAGCUCAAGGAGAAGAGCAACAUGACGCGGGACAUGCACGCCACCAGCCUGCCCGAGCCCGCCGCCGCCGCCGCCGCCGCCAUGUACGCCUAGACCGCCCGCCGCCGCCGCCAUGUACGCCUAGACCGCCCGCCGCCGCGUGGAGGGAAACGUCUGGAGCCACGUGAGGGAGGGAGGCUGAUCAUCAGAGAACCAAUCAGAUACCACCUGAUAUUAAAGUGGUCAAUCUAUGAGAAAAAAAAACUCUGAGACCAUAAAGUCAGAAAUUUAUGAGAAAAAGAACUCAGAAAAAUAGUUUUUCUUUUGCUUUUUACAGCGAUGUCUCUUCAAAGUCCAGACGCUUGAUGACGAUGAAUGAAUAAUGUGCGUUUUUUUCUCUCACAAAUGUGUGACUUCAUGAUCUCAGAAAUUUCAAGGUUCAAAUUUAUGAGUUUGUUCUUGUAAAUUGAAGACUUUAAUCUCUGAGUGAUGUUUUCUUGGAAUAUUACACCUUCAGGCGGUCUAAAGCGCCCAAAGUGUCACUUAUUUAUUUAUUAUUACUGUUAUAAUUUUUAAUCAUUAUUAUUAUCAUUAUUAUUAUUUUAUCAACUGUCUUUUGUUCAAACUUCAAACAUUUCAAACUUCUCUGUGGUUCAAAGCAUUACAUUUGUGAUUUUUUUUGGUUUCUUUUGUGUGAGAAUGUAAAAUAAUUUUGAUACUAAUAAAAAGUUGUAUUUUCAUGAG